GUUUUUUUUUUUUUAAUUUAGGCAGGGUGAUUAAGUAACUUCCUCUCUUGCAAAGUCCCUGAAAUACUUCAGUAAACCUCACAAUCACUUGUUCCAAAAUGACUGAGGAAGCAUUGUUUACUUCACAGACCCAGUGACGCCCACUCUAAGAGUUUCGUUUCCUAGGAAUAACAGCUGACCCUCCCACUUGUUUAUAAGGCACAAUCCAGUCUUAGGCUUCUCAUCCUGAGUGGAAUAAUGGGUCUAUUGACAGCUAUAGCAAUCGCAGCUGGAGCAGGUGGAGCACUGGUGUCUGCUCCUAUUGUCCUGGGGGCUGUAGGUUUCACCUCAGCUGGAAUAGCGGCAGGCUCCUACGCUGCAAGCAUGAUGUCUGCAGCUGCUGUGGCCAAUGGAGGAGGAGUGGCAGCAGGAAGUCUGGUGGCUGUUUUACAGUCAGCAGGUAUGGCAGGUCUGUCUGGGGCCGCCACCGCAGCCGUGGGCUCUGUUGGAGGAGCUGUGGGAUUUUUGGCUACUCUCAUCUGAGACCAGGAAAUUAUGAUAAUCAGAAAGAAAAAUAAUAAUAACAAAGAAUAUAAUUACUGUUGUUGGACAGUUGCCAAAAGUAUCAGCGUCAUGCUUCAGUAUGGCUUGGCUGAAAUGUGAGUGCUGGUAAUGCUGUGGUGUUUUAUUACGAAACACAUGAACACGGUCAAAUUGUGCAACUUAGAAUAAAGCCCUAAUAAUGAAAAGCAUUUUAAAGUUGUGUUCACACAUGAUACAAAUAAUUUCCUUUUCCACUGCAUAAUUAUGCACUGAUAACAAAGUGAUAUCUUAUCAUCUCAGACAUGUUAAAAACGUUGAUGGUCUGCCCAAAAUGAUUUCUGCUAUAUAAACUGUUGGAAAUAAAUUGCUGACAUUUAAUCUGUCAAACACAUCUGAAA